UUUGACCUGAUCAACACUUGUGCUAGCGUUAGCUUGUUAGCAAUCCUGGCUGUUUACUGCCUCAGAACAACUGCUCUGUGGCCCUGCACGGAUUUCUACUGUAUUUCAGUCGAUACAAGGAAUCUGUUACGUCUACAAGAUGUACCUGGUGGGACUAACAGGGGGUAUUGCCUCAGGGAAAAGCACUGUGUCUUCAAUGCUGCGGGAGCUUGGGUGUCCCAUCAUUGAUGCUGAUGUUGUGGCCAGGAAAGUGGUGGAGCCGCACACUCCUGCAUAUUCCCGCAUCGUCUACCACUUCGGGCCAGAGAUUCUACUCGAGAAUGGGGAGAUCGACAGGCAGAAGCUGGGUCAAAUCAUCUUUGCCAAUGAAGAAAAGAGGAGGCUGCUGAACUCCAUCACCCACCCAGAGAUUCACAAGCUGAUGCUCAAAGAGAUAUUGUUGUACUUGCUUAGAGGGUACCGCUACGUGGUGCUGGAUGUGCCCCUUCUCUUUGAAACCAGACGUCUCACUAAGUUUCUGAACCACACUGUAGUAGUUUACUGCGACCCUGCCACUCAGCUACAGCGCCUGAUGCAGAGGGACGGCCUGACCCAGGAGCAGGCCAAGCAGCGGCUGGCUGCACAGAUGCCGCUCAAUGAAAAGCGCGGCUUGGCCAAUCAUGUUGUUGAGAACUCAGGCAGUCGGGAGGACACCCACCGGCAGGUCCUGCGGCUCCACACAAAGCUGGAGGACUCCAUGGACUUCCUUUUAGUGAGGGUCAUCGCCAUCGCCGCCACUGCUGGUUUGGGUGGGAUACUGCUCUAUGCAGCAAAGAUACUCCUGUCCUAACAGAAGCAAAAAAAGAUGUGAGGAACAAGGGUUUUAGCCUAAGAUGUGCUCAAAUGUAAAGCUGUGAGUAGAAUCAGGCAGAAGCAGGUUGAAGGUAACGAUGCAGUGAAAUGAUCUUCACAUCACCAACCACUACAGCCCAGCAGUGUGACAUGCUAUACUGACGGUUAAUACAGACGUAUAUUACUUUAAAAACUCACAGACAAAUGUGAUUUAGUGUGAAGGCUUUCUAUGUGCAAUUUCUGUUGGUUUUCGUCAGAGACACUUAAUUAUGAAGACAACAGACUAGAAGCUCAGCUCUUAUGUUGGUGCUGGUAACAAAGAUGGAGGAUUGGACUGUGAAUUUGGGCUAAAUCUUUAUAUUGGUGUAGCAGUUUAUCUUUAAUAACCAACAACAGUCCAAACUUAAACACUGGAAAAUGAAGAUUUUAUUUUAGUAAACCUUUUAAAACCCAUUUAAGCAUCUAAGUUUUGAUAAUUUGAAUGAAAUCAUUGGUUUCAAGUAUAAUUACCUGCUGCUGGAAUGAGUGAAAUGUGAAAAUUCACCUUCAGGAACGACCUUUUCAGUUCUCAUUUAGGAAAUGUCCAUCUCCAGUCACAAGUAUGUUUUAAACUGGAUCACAAAUUGUUUGUAAAAAUGAAAUUGAAGUGCUAAAAAAAGGAAUGACCCCCCCCUUACAGAGUAGGUAAUGAUUGUAUAAUGAAGAUAUACGAAAGAAUGUAUUAGACAAUCCAUUUUUACCGGGAACAGUAGGAAUUAACAGAGUUCAUAUUUAUCACUGUAUUUUCUUACGCUUGCGCUGUCUUCUGUAAAAAAAAAAAUCUUUUUUUUUCUUUACACACUUGUAACAAAAACAUUUGUAACCUGAUAUAUUUAACUUAAUAUAAAUGACAACACCACUGUUUUAAA